GACGCCGCCUGUGGUGGCUCAUUACAUUAUCUGGCAACCGGAGUGGCAGCGGACAGAAGAGAGGGGAUCCCCGGGAUUUUUACACCGAAGCCAGCGUAAUACUAACAUCAAACAUCUGAAAAUCGUGGGGGAACUCGGUCAAGCUCCUCCUAGACUUCGGUGAGAGCAGCCAUGUCAGAGGAGGCAGCGCGUCAAACACGCAGCCAGAAGCGGGCUCUGGAGAAGGACCAUGCAUCUCAUGCUGUAUCCCCGGGGGAAGCUGACAGUAAACGGGUUAAGCUGGAGAAAGGGGAUGCAGCUGGAGCUCCCCUGGCCCUUGUGGGAUCUGGAGCUGAAGGUGUCAAGCUGAAGAGUGAGCAGGCUGCCAAGGUAGCAGCCAGCAUCCUAAAAUCCGGGGAAGUGAAGGCCACUAUCAAGGUGGAAGUGCAGACAGGAGACGAGCCCGUUGAUAUGAGCACAUCUAAAAGUGUCAUUAAGAAAGAGCGGCAGCCACCAUCGCCAGAUGAUGUGAUUGUGUUAUCAGACAAUGAGCCAUCCAGUCCUCUCAUGAAUGGUCACUCCUUCACGAAGACUGACACAGAUAAACUUAUGAAAAGUUCUCCUGAGGAGAGGGAACGCAUCAUUAAACAGCUGAAGGAGGAACUGAGACUCCAGGAGGCCAAGCUGGUGCUGCUGAAGAAACUACGACAGAGCCAGAUUCAGAAGGAGAGCACUGUUCAGAAGGCGGCUGGCUCUGUAGCCACUCCUCCUCCUCUGGUGAGAGGUAGCAUCACAUCAAGCAAAGGACCCCUCCAGGUGACAGGUCGAAGCUCAGGCACGGUGAUCCCUCCUCCCUUGGUGCGGGGUGGGCAACAUGUCCCGUCCAAACACAACUCUCAGAUUGUUAUGCCACCUCUGGUCAGAGGGGCCCAGCCUAUUGCAAUGACCCCCCAGCAAAUAGCCAGUCUCCGUCAGCAACAGCAGCAGCACAGCGGUUCAGGCCCUCCUCCGCUCUUGCUGGCUCCCAGGGCUUCUGUGCCCAAUGUCCAGGUCCAGGGCCAGAGGAUCAUUCAGCAGGGACUCAUUCGGGUGGCUAACGUGGCCAAUAGUAAUGUCAUGGUCAACAUCCCUCAGGUGAGGAAACAAUAUGCCUCUCCCACCAGCCUAAAGGGCUCUUCAGCAUCACCCAACUCUAGCAUCAAUGACUCUCCAGCCAGUCGGCAGGCGGCUGCUAAGCUUGCACUGCGUAAGCAGCUGGAGAAGACGCUGCUGGAGAUCCCUCCACCUAAACCCCCUGCCCCCGAGUUCAACUUCCUGCCUUCAGCAGCCAAUAAUGAAUUCAUCUACCUGUUGGGGUUGGAGGAGGUGGUGCAAAAACUUCUGGAGAUGCAUGGCAGGGGAAAUCUGGGCCCAGCUGCUGCCAUGGCCAGCUCCAUUCCCAAAGAGCCAUACACCUGCGCCCAGUGUAAGACAGACUUUACCUCCCGCUGGAGAAAGGAGAAGGCCGGGACCAUCCUCUGUGACCAAUGUAUGUCGUCCAAUCAGAAGAAGGCCCUGAAGGCUGAGCACACCAAUCGGCUGAAGGCAGCCUUUGUUAAGGCACUCCAACAGGAGCAGGAAAUUGAGCAGCGUAUCCUCCAGCAGGCGGCCUCCUCCUCUUCCUCCUCGAAAACCACCUCGUCCUCCUCUCCCUCACUGUCCAAGAGUGAGUUGCUGGUGUCCCAGCAGUACAAGCAGGUCAGGGCUGCCAUGCAGCACAAAUCUGUGGCCCACCACUCCAUUAAGCAGAGUCAGCUGUCACACAGCCUCCAGUCUGCAGUGAGCUCUCGUGGUAUGGCCCACUCAUUCACCACCUCCUCUCAGCUGCAGAACGCAGUGACGGCAGCAGCGCUGGGCGGCAGGUCAGGUAAGCAUGCUGCAGCACGCCCGCUGCAGCAGGGGGCAAAGGUCAGCAGCAGCGCCAGCAGCAGCAGUAACCAGGGCAACAUGGUCGCUUGGAGGAAGCAGAGCGGCAACACAGGUGUGACUAUGGCCUACGUGAACCCCAGCUUGUCUGCCCACAAGAACAGCUCUGCUGUUGAGCGUCAGCGAGAGUACCUGCUGGACAUGAUUCCCUCCCGUUCUAUCUCCCAAGCAGCCAACACAUGGAAAUAAUGCAAUCUUUCUCCCUACUGACAUCAUAACUAUUACCCCUCUUAAUAUCAAUAACAGCCAUUCUCAUUAUCAUUUCUAAUCCUUUCUAUGGACUCCGCCUCUGGCCAAAUUGGUGCAGGGGAGAAUCAGCCUAGUUUUUUGUUGGAUACAAGAGUUCUUUCACCUCUUCCUCAGAUAUUUCUGCUACCAUCUUCCUUACCUGAAUCCUCCAUCCCAAAGUGGAGUUAUGCUACAACAGCUUGGGCUUCUCGGAUUCAAGGAAUAUGUCAAAUAGCAUUUGGGUACCUGUUUUUUGAGGUUUGGGGUUUACAUGGGCGUGUACAAUUUUAAAAACUUCUCUAGCGAUGUCGCCUCUCCCUCUCUCUAUAUGUUUGAAUCCACCCCGUUGCACCAAGAGGAAAAGAUCCCUGAGCCCCCCGGCCUCUGGAUUAGGCUGAGGGGGGAAGAAUAAUAAUCACUAUUAUACGAAAUAAGAUACUCGCCUUACGUCCUACCCCUCUCCUGUCUGAGCCAGUCAGACUCAGGCCCAUGUGGUGGCCGAAUAUAAUGGAAGACCUCAUCACAGGGACUGUGGUUGAGCUUCGAGGACCAUCCACAAAAUGAUAACUGCUUCAGCUUUGCAAAAAUGAAUAAUACAAAAAAAAAAGGACUGUAAAAAUGAUCUCUAUCUGCACACAGACCGCCUCUUCUCUCACAGCGUGUAUAGUAGAGAAGUCGAUGUGUGUUGGAUUAUUUUGUAUGGCUGAAUGUUAGGAUUUUGUCUUUUCUUCUAUAAGUCAUAUACUGUGUUUGGAAUAUUGUGCUCCCUGAUAACUUUGGAAGUGGCCUAUUGUCGAGGUCUGAAUUUACAGGCUAAUGUUACUGUUGAGGUGGUUUUACAUCUGCUGGGUUCCAUGUUGUGGCCUACUUUUAAAUACUUUGUUUUUUCUAAGAUGAAGAGGAAGAAUAAAGAUUAAGGUUUCACUGGACUCAUGUAAAGACAUGGAGCGUGUGUUUGGAGGACUAUUCUUAUUGAAUACUGAAAAAAAAAAAAAACCUUCCAAAGAACUAGUGGAGCCCAAAUGGAAUCCCUUCUGCUAGAAGGUUUCUAGUUUAUUUGAACCCUCUCUGGAUAUACACAUGAAUUCAUGCUAAACUGAGAGGGUGUAAAGGAAUGUCAUAUUUUUGACAUCGUUUUGCUUUUAGUCAUAGGUUGUGGUGCAUUAUUUUUCUUCUCUAGACAAACUGUCUCUGGGUUUAUUUAUAGGGUCAUAUUAGUAAGAUAUAUGCUUAUGCCCUAAGUUUGAAUGGAUCUCCAUUUUAAAAUGAUUUGUUCUUCUUUUGUGUGUCCAGUGGCUCCCGCUCAACUUCCCGGUCGGUCUGAGAGAAGCUGGACAGCUUUCAGAAUGUAGUUAUGCAAAAACCCCUAUAGCAACACAUGACAUGAAUUUCUUAGUCUUUAACAUUAAGGUGUGUAUGAUUUAUGUCAGGUCCUUGGAUUGAGCUAACUAUGCCUUUCACACAAGCUCUAGUGCAUUUUUAUCAGGUUGCAGCAGCACAGGAUAAGCUAGUGAACAAUAUGUCCUACAUUAAACAGGGGAGUUCCCAUCAUUGCUCAUGGAGUUGAGUCAUUUUAUUAACCAUGUGCUGUUUUCUCUCAUUUCAAUGACUGGGGUGGUCUGGUUUCUCUCACCCUACAAAUUUUGAGAUGGCUUUACUCGCAUGUUUCUGUGGCCUAUUGGAAAAUAUCACUAAAUUAAAAGUUGCACACUCUGAUGUGUUGAUUUUAAGCAGUAAAAAUGUUAGUGCAUAUUUUCAAAAAUCUGGAUGCUUUAUGAGCAGUAUGUUAAGUAAAAACACAAACCAAACCACCCCAGGAUUUUUUUUUCAGUAUCCUGUAUCUGUCCCAUUUUUAAUGAUUUUCAAAUUGAAACAGCUGUGAUGACCUCAUCGCUAUGUUAUUCUUGCUGCCCUGUUGGAUUUGUGUGUCCAGAGUGCACUCUUCAGCUCACUGAUUAUUGUCAAGCCUCCGUACUAAAAGAUGGGAUGGUGCACUGCAUUAGCUAACUGGGCUAUCAUCACUGUACAUUUGGGUUUCAUUUAGGACGAUGCGACAAUGCAGUAUGUACAUUUUGCUCAUAGAAAUACAAGCGUACAAAAGUUUAAUUUAAAAAUCGCUCAAGAGUUUGUAUUUCUGUUUUCAAAGUAGCAUCGGAAAUGUUCCAGAUUGUCUGUACAUUCCUGAGAAGCAGAAGGUAGCAGCCCGCGUCUUGUGGAUGCAAAAAUAAGCAAUCUGGAAAUUGAGCCCAUGAUUUUUGUGCCCUGCUAAAUGUAACCCUGUGCUGACCUGACUACUGCCUGCUGCUGCUGCUGCUGUUUGACAACAAUAUCACCAUUCCGUUUGUUUGUGGUCGACGCUCUGCUAAAAUGCAGUGCAGCCCCGAUGGAAAAGAAAACAAUGUAUGAGUAAUAUUUGUUUUGGUUUUUUGUUUUUUUUUCCCUGCUCUAUCAAAUAAUAAUAAAAACUAAUUUUAACCCCU